AUGGAAGAAGCAACUUGCCGCUCUUCAACGACUUCCAACAAAAGAGACAGUCCAUUUUCGUCGGUUUAUUCGUCCUCCGCUUCUUCGACGCCAGCCUCGAUUCGUUCUAGAGAUAUUUUCAUUUCUCCUUCUGCCAGGAGAAAACAUCCGUCAGAGAACAUCAUCCUCAACUGCUGCGGACAAAGAUAUGAAGUCGACGUUGAAUCACUGAAUCGUUUUCCUGAAUGCAUUCUCGGAACCUGGAGAAAAAGGCGGCGAUUCUAUUCGAUUGAACAUGGAGAUUAUUUUAUCGACAGACAUCGGCCCACAUUUGAAGUCGUUCUCGACUACUUCGUUUAUGGAGUCCUUAGAAGACCACAAGACAUUCCCUUGGACAUUUUCGUCAACGAGCUAUGUUAUUACAACUUGGAUAAGAAGGGACUCGAAGGGUUUCUAAAUGAUGAAGGUCUUCUGAUGGUCGAGCAGGAGAAAACUGUCAAAGAAAAAACCAAGUUCAAAUCGAAAUUAGAAAAAGUGCAGUUCAAAAUUUGGCAAUGCUUAGAAGAUCCGCAGAGUUCUAAAAUUGCGCUCUGUUAUUCGGUCAUUUCUAUGGUCAUAACGAUUUCGUCUAUCAUUAUGCUUUGCAUCGACAGUUUGCCAGCGCUAGAAACGCUUUCGCAGAAGUUGGACAAGUGUCAUAACACGACCGAUUCUGAGAUAAGAACAAAGGCAAAUCAUAAAGGAGACUGCCCAAAGUUUUCAGUCGACCAUAUUCUGUUUAUUAUGGCGACUACUGUCUAUCAUUCUGCGCCAAUGCUCCUCCAACUUGCGAUAAUCCAGCUCUCGAUUGCGCUAUGCUUUGCCGUCUGCAUCUUUAUCGUCGAGCAAGGAUACGAGGGCAACCAAUUUCACGAUAUGAUUGAUUCUACCUGGUAUGCUCUGAUUACAAUGUACACUGUUGGUUACGGCGACUAUGUUCCUGUGUCGCCCCUUGGGAGAUUUUUCGGAACUUGCUGUGCGAUUCUUGGAUUGCUUGAUAUGGGCAAGGGCUAUUUCAAUCCACGGAAUGAAUAUUUGAUAGUGAUUUUUAAGUCCACAAAAGCAUUUUCUCUCCCGAUCAUCGUCUUCGAGUUCAACUAUCUUUACAACCUCGACAAGGAUGAGUGCAAGCUCAGACCAGAAGAGCUCACCAACGAACCUACAAAAGAAAAAUCGAAAAGAAUCGACCACUUCCAUAAAAGUCUCACGCAGUCUUUACGACGUAAUAAAGCUUCACUGAACAUGAUGUCGACGGACGUCAGGGAUGAUUGCAGCAAGUCCAGCAACAUGGCUGAUCUGUGGAAUUAUGCAAAGAGAAAGAAUCAAUUUCGACGAUCUCGAACAACAACUCCUGCAGCAACUCCUCAGCAAUUCAGAAGAAGUCAACCGAGUCGAUAA